AUGAGUAUCAUAUCUGCCCAUCAUGUAGCAUCAUCAACAAUUAAAUUAGCGCUGCGGCGAGAUACUUUCUGGCUCUUUACUCCCGCGACCUUAAUUGCUCACCCUCCUCAGGCCUCCGUGAUUCUACCCACUCUCCUAGUUCAUUAUAUGACCUCCACAAAGAAGCUGCUAACACGUCGUCUCGGCGCACAUGGCCCAGAAGUCAGCGCUAUCGGACUUGGUACUAUGGGUAUGACUUACCGUUCAACAAAAGAUAAGAUACUAAUCGAGGCCCUGGUGAUAGGCAUCGGUGCAUUUUAUGGCAAGACUGAUGAAGCGGCUGCAUAUAGGGCACUAACGUAUUCUGCUGAUCGUGGCAUGACAUUCUGGGACUGUGCGGAUGUUUAUGGGACGACCGAGCUUACCCUUGGGAAAUGGUUUGCUGAAACUGGACGUCGGUCGGAAAUAUUCCUCGCAACCAAGUUUGGCAGUCGUGACCCGGAAGGCAAAUUCGGAGGCGGCAAGCCCAUCUCAGCACCGUCUUAUAUUAAAUAUGCACUUGAGCGCUCUCUUAAACGCCUUGGGACGGACUAUAUCGACCUAUACUACCAACAUCGCGUCGAUCCCAAGGUUCCGAUUGAAGUUGUGCUCGAAACCCUCCGUGAGCCGCUUGAGAAAGGGACUAUUCGCUGGAUUGGGUUGAGUGAAUGCAGUGUCGAGACGUUGCGACGUGCAAAAGCUGUCAAGGGUGUUGGAGAGAAAGUCGUUGCAGCGCAAAUGGAAUUCAGUCCUUUCACCCUUGACAUUGAGAAGAACGGCUUCGCAGAAGCUGCACAGAAGCUUGGCGUCGCUAUCGUCGCAUACAGCCCGCUUGGUCGCGGAAUGAUAUCUGGAAAGUACCGCUCCCGCGCAGACUUUGAAGAGGGUGAUUUCCGACUUGGUUUACCUCGCUUCUCCGAAGAGAACUUCCCGAAGAAUCUUGCACUAGCUGAUAAGAUACAGGCAAUUGCAGACAAGUAUAAAUCAACACCAAGUCAGGUUACACUUGCCUGGAUCCUUGCAACGUCUAAUAACUAUAUCCCUAUCCCGGGCUGUCGAUCGGUCGAACGUGUCGAAGAGAACUCCGGUGGUGCUGAGGUACAGCUUGGGUCGGAAGACAUCAGUGCGAUUCGUGCACUUAGCGAAGCUGCAGACAUCCAGGGCGAGCGUUACGCGCCGAUCUUUAUGACCUAUGUUGAAGGAAACUGUAUUCCACUGGCUGAGUGGAAAGGCGAAUAA